CCUUACUUCUCUUUCGCGUGCUCUAUCUAGGGUUUGCGUUAGGGUUAGGGCUUCCUCCCGACCCGUCGUCUCCUUCGCCCUCCGCCACCUCCCCUGUACCCGCUCUUGCACCUAGGGUUUAUCGUUUAUCCUUUCCUUGCUCUCUCCCUAUCCUGUUCUUAGGGUUUUAUUCGCCUUGUAUUCGUUAUUAGGGUUAGGAUUUUUUCUAUCAUUUUACCCUUUUCUCCGCUCCGAAGAUGAUGCAACCGGCGGGAGGUAUGGUUCAGCCCCCAAUGGGGAUGGAUCAACAGCACCAUCAGCAGCAGCCGCAGCAGUGGGCGGCGGUGAUGGCGCCGCCGCCUCCGCCGCCGCAGCAGCAGUACUAUCAGGCGCCGUCGGCGGCGGGGGCGCCGCCGCCGCCGAUGUGGAACCAGCAGCCGUCCAUGGUGCCGCCACCGGUGGUGCCCCAGCAGAUGGGGCCGCCGCCUCCGCAGCAGCAGUACCAGGCGUCCGCCGCCGCAGCUGUUGCGGCGCCGCUGCAGCCCGGUUCGGCAGAUGAGAUCCGAACCCUAUGGAUCGGGGACCUGCAAUAUUGGAUGGAUGAGACCUUUCUCUGGGGGUGCUUUGGCCACAGCGGAGAGGUUGUCUCAGUGAAAAUCAUUCGAAAUAGGCAGACUGGGCAGUCGGAGGGAUAUGGUUUUAUUGAGUUUGUCAGUCGUGCUACUGCAGAGCGAGUUCUUCAGACAUAUAAUGGGCAGAUGAUGCCAAACAUUGAGCAAGCUUUCAGGCUGAAUUGGGCUUCAUGUGGAGCAGGUGAAAAGCGUGGAGGAGAUGAUGGCGCAGAUCAUACUAUUUUUGUUGGUGACCUGGCAUCAGAUGUUACGGAUUACUUGUUACAAGAGACAUUCAAGGCCCGCUACUCCUCAGUGAAAGGGGCUAAAGUUAUUACAGAUAGGCUUACUGGGAUUUCCAAGGGCUAUGGCUUUGUUAGGUUCGGAGACCUAAAUGAACAAGCACGUGCUAUGACUGAAAUGAAUGGAGUUUACUGUUCUUCAAGGCCAAUGCGGGUUGGUCCAGCUGCAAACAAAAAGAAUUCGGUUUCUCAAACUGCUUCUUACCAGACUACUCAAGGAACUGAAUCCGAGAAUGAUCCAAAUAAUACAACUAUAUUUGUUGGUGGUCUGGAUUCAAGUGUUACGGACGACCAUCUAAAGCAAGUUUUUAGUUCAUAUGGAGAACUGGUUUAUGUGAAGAUACCUGUAGGCAAGAGAUGUGGGUUUGUGCAAUUUGCCAACAGAUCAUGUGCCGAGGAGGCUCUAAAGAUGCUGAAUGGUAGUCAGCUUGGGGGACAAAACAUACGGCUCUCGUGGGGUCGUACACCUGCAAAUAAGCAGCCUCAACAGGAUCCUAACCAGUGGAAUGGCAGCUAUUAUGGGUAUGCUCAAAGUUAUGAUACAUACAGCUAUGCCCCACCUCAAGAUCCUAACAUGUAUGCUUAUGCUACAUAUCCGGGAUACGGAAAUUAUCAGCAGCAGCCGCAGCAGCAACAUGAUGGUUUGCGAGUCAGGAUGUAGCACGAAGUGCAUAUGGCAGUGGAACUUUGCUGCCUACGCCUUGGAGCGUUAUACGAUUCGUUCAUUUCGGCACGGAGGCUUUGUGAUUUCUGUUGAAGUAGUUUGUUUCUUGUUUAAGAUUAUUAUUAUUAUUUUUUCGGUAUGACUCUCAGUUUGGGCGACUUUUUCUUUAUAGUACUUCUGAAUCUCUGAAGUCUUUCUAUUGUGAUGACUAGAAAGCCGUUCUGAAUCUCUGAAGUCUUUCUUAUUGUGAUGACUAGAAAGCCCCUUUUCAGUCACCUUUUAACUAUAUUUAUAGUUUUUAAUUUUCUUCCUGUUUUGUAACCUAUGGAGCUUCGUUCCUUGAUCUUAAUCUGGUAGUGGUUUUGUGGUGGUUAUAAUGGGGCAGUUCCUUUUUUGGUUUCAA